AUGGCCGCCUCGACCUCGCUCCCGUCCAGUUGGACGCCGCCGGGUCCGACCGAGAUUCCGGCGCCAGCUCGUCCCGCGAUCGAGGACCGACACACGCUGUCCAACAUCGCACAGAUCUACAGCACCCACCUCCACGUCGACUGGCUCAUCGAUUGGGACGGAAAGCGCAUCGAGGGGAGCGUUGAGCACGAGCUGCGCGUCGCACAUGCCGCCAUCGAGCACGUCGUGCUGGAUACGUCUUAUCUCGAUAUCAGGCGCGUGGAGAUCGACGGUAAAGAAGUCAAAGGGUGGAAGAAGGACGCCCGCAAGGGCAUGCUUGGCGAAGCGCUGCAUGUUCCCCUUCCGAAGGCUAUGAAGCUGGGCGAAACAUGCAAGCUGAAGAUCGACUACGCUACUACCGAGGAGUGCACUGCCUUGGGUUGGCUGACCAAAGAACAAACAGCAGCAAAGACAGCGCCGUUCCUCUACUCGCAAUGCCAGGCCAUCCAUGCACGCAGCAUGCUCCCCUGCUUCGACUCGCCAGCACGCAAGGUGACGUACACCUCGCGUGUGCGCAGCCGCAUCCCGGUCCUCAUGAGCGCUUUGCCCACGCACGCGGCGCCCGGCGAUCCUUUUCCAUCGGGAGAUGGUGAGAAGGAGUACACAUUCGAGCAACGCAUUGGUAUCCCCACGUACCUCAUCGCCGUCGUGGGCGGCGUGCUCGACUUCCGCGCGCUCGGCCCCCGCACAGGCAUCUACGCCGAAGCGCCCGUCGUAGAGAACGCCAAGUGGGAAUUCGAGCGCGACGCUGAGCACUUUUUGCAGGCGGCCGAGAAAAUCGUCAGUCCGUAUUCGUGGACACGGUACGACUCGGUUGUACUACCCCCUUCGUUCCCGUACGGCGGAAUGGAGAACGCAAACAUGACGACGCUGACGCCAGCGCUCGUCUGCGGCGAUCGGUCGCUGACGGACGUGCUGGCACACGAGCUGAUGCACAGUUGGUCUGGCAACCUCACAUCCUGCGCCAACUGGUCUUCCUUCUGGCUCAACGAGGGCUGGACCGUCUAUCUCGAGCGACUCGUUCUGCAGGAGGUGCACGGCGGCGCGCAGAGCAAGGAGGGCCCUGCGGCGCGCGGGUUCAGCUACAUCAUCGGCGCCAAGGCGCUCAAGGACGCGCUUGAGCAGUUCGCAGGGGAGCCGCGCUUCCAGCGGCUCGUGCCUGUCUUCAAAGGCGUCGAAGACCCUGACGACGCUUUCUCCUCGGUCCCGUACGAGAAGGGCUCCAACUUCCUCUUGCACAUUGAGCGCACGGUCGGAGGCCUGGAUGUAUUCAUGCCGUACGUCAAAGCCUAUUUUGCCACCUUUUUCGACCGUUCGGUGACUACGGAAGAGUGGCGUGCCCACCUGUACGCAUUCUACGCAGGCUCGCCCGAGAUUACCAAGAAACUCGACAACAUCCAGUGGGAUGCAUGGUUGUACGGCGAAGGCGUCGACCUCCCCGUCGACAUGACGAAGGAUUACGAUAGCUCGCUCGCCGAGGCCGCCUUUGCGCUCGCCCAGCGCUGGGAAGCCGUCAUCACCGGCGCCGCGAACAACAAGGCUGGAGCUGCUACGGCUUUCGGUCCUGUGGACAUCCAGGGCUGGAACGCCAACCAGAUUGUCGUCUUUCUCGAGAAGCUCCACUCGGGUCCGCAGGUGCCACCUACGGUCGUCACGCAGCUCGAUGAUGCGUACGGCUUCUCGAAAGCGACGAACGGGGAGGUGCUGCUACGCUUCUUUGAAGUCGCGCUCGAGGUCAAGUCCGAUGACGACAGGUACGCCAGGCAAGCGGCCGAGUGGGUCAAAGGCCAAGGUAGGAUGAAGUUCUGCCGCACCGUCUAUCGCGCACUGCACAAGAUUGAGCCUGAACUUGCUAAGAAGACGUUCGUCGAGAACAAAGGUUUCUACCACCCUAUCGCCGCAGCUCAAAUAGAAAAGGUGAGUUUGCAUAGGCGAAACAUCAUCGCCGUCAUUGGGUCGACGGGGACGGGUAAGUCACAGCUCGCCGUCGAGCUUGCGCGCGCCAUUGAACGCAAACACGCCGAGUAUGCUGGCGCGGAUGUCAUCUCCGCGGACAGCAUGCAGGUAUAUAAGGGCUUGGAUAUCAUUACAAACAAGGUCACCCCGAAGGAGAUGCAGGGAAUUAAGCAUCAUCUGAUUGAUUUCUUCCAGCCCGGGCAGGAAUACGCGGUCGGCUCGUUUCAUGACGACACACACCGAAUCCUCUCUCGCCGAAAGCCGGCCCCGUCAUUGCCCAUCAUCGCUGGCGGCACGACGUACUACAUCCAGCACCUUCUGUUUCCUGGCCGCCUCUUGUCAGCAAGCGCAGGUGCCAGUAUUUACCCUCCAGAGGUCCAAGAAACGCUUGACAAGUUCUCGCCGGAAGAAAAGCAAUUGUGGGCAUUGAUCCAAGAGGACGAUAACGCUGGCGAGCUGCUCAAGCCCGAGGAGCUCGAGGACCCGCGAGCUUUGUGGGAUCUGCUGCACAAAGUCGACCCUCUCAUGGCACGGCGAUGGCACUUCAAAGACACUCGCAAAGUCCUGCGCAGCCUUCGCGUGCUGCAGACCAGCGGCAAAUGCCACUCGCAGUGGAUCACGGAGCAGGACGCGAGCGAGAAGGCAACAAGUGCUGGCGCCAUCGACCUGGAAGAGGGGCCAUGGCGGAUUCUCUUGUUUUGGGUCUGGCGAGAUCCGCAAAGCCUGAGCACCAGCUUGAAUGCUCGCAUAAAAACGAUGAUCCAGCGAGGUCUGCUCGACGAAAUCCGAGAACUACGCGCGAUCGUCAAGGAGAAGCAAGGAUGCGAUCCAGCCAAGGUGGACUACACGCGUGGCAUCUUUCAGGCGAUAGGUUAUAAGGAGUUUGACGCUUAUUUGACGUACCAGGAAGAGCAUGGCGUGGAUAGCACGGACAACGAGACGGGACAGAAGCUUUUCGAACAAGGCAUCGAGGACAUGGAGAUAGCAACGCGGCAGUACGCCAAGAAGCAAGUGUCUUGGAUACGCAACAAGCUGGCAGCCGAGAUACGAAGAGUGCGAGAGCUAGACAAUCGUCUGGGAAGAGCGUCUACCGUGGAUGUCUAUCUUCUGGACGCAACGGACGACUGGGAAAAUUGUGUGGCGCGGCCGGCAAAAGAGAUCCUUGAAGCAUGGCUAUCCAAACUGGAGCUUCCUGAUCCGUUGACAUUGAGCCCAGUAGCAGCCGAGCGCCUCGCCCCAAUGCUCAGUCCAUCUCCGGCAAGUGCAGGCAAUGCUGGGACACUCGAGAAGAACGAGCUUCGCAAAUGCGAAUUAUGUUCUUCGCUCAUGACGGACGCGCCAGUGUGGAUCCGAGUGGCGGAGUGGGAUCAACAUCGUCAAGGCAAAGCGCAUCGACGCGCUGCCAAGGUACAGAACAAAGACCAGGUCAUCGAGCGCGCGAAAGCAGAGGGAUGGGCACGGAAGAUGGCGCGACAGCAACACCGGCAACCUUCGGACUCUAGAGAUAGUAGUGACUUUGUAUAA